UUUCCCUUCCAACGCCCGCAUAGAUGGCCAGGUCCUCUCACGCUAUUUAUCUCCCCCGAGCCGGGCUAAAUUUCCAAGCUCCCGUCCUUCUAACCCGCGUCCGAGCCCGCCUCAGUGGAGGUUUCCAUCCCCUCUCUUCCCGUGGCCUUCUCCGGUCCUCCUCCACCACCCCACUCCCCGCCGCCUCCGCCUCCGCCUCCGCCUUCUACGGCCGGCUUCUCAGCCUCUCGGAGGACGACCCUUCCCCCAUUCCUUCCGUUGGAUUCCAUCGCAGCGCCCGAAUGGAGGCGGAGAGGUACUCGAAGGAGCUGGACGUGGCGGUGAGGUUGGUGCAGAUGGCGUGUUCGCUCUGCCAGAGGGUGCAGAGCGAGCUGGUGGGGAGGAAGCAGGACGAGAUCAAGUCCAAGGACGACGAUUCCCCUGUCACCGUCGCAGAUUGGGGCGUUCAAGCAACUGUCAGUUGGGUCCUUUCACAGUACUUCGGCAUUGAAAAUGUGUCCAUUGUAGCAGAAGAAGAUGUUGAAACUCUGUCCAAAAAGGAUAACACAUCAUUGCUAGAAUCUGUUGUCAAUUCUGUGAAUGCAUGUCUGGCCAAAGCUCCCACAUUUGGAUUAGAAGGCCCUGCAAAAGCACUUGGAACUCAGGAAGUUCUUGAAGCUAUAAGUAGAUGUAACUCUAAUGGAGGCCCCAAGGGAAAGUUUUGGGUCCUUGAUCCUGUGGAUGGGACGCUGGGUUUUGUGCGUGGAGAUCAGUAUGCUGUUGCUCUUGCUUUGAUAGAAGAUGGAGAGGUUAUUCUUGGUGUUCUCGGGUGCCCAAAUUACCCAAUGAAGAAGGCAUGGCUAAACUAUCACCAACGCUAUUACAGGCUCAUGUCUAAUUUGUCUCCUGCCGCAUAUGGGUCCUGGCAUAAAGGUUGCGUGAUGUAUGCUCGGAAAGGUAGUGGUGAAGCUUGGAUGCAACCAUUGGUUCAUGACUAUGGUAAUUUUGAUUGGCAAAGCUCUGCACAAAAAAUUCAAGUAUCAUCCAUCAAUGAUCCUGCUUUGGCAACAUUCUGUGAGCCUGUUGAGAAGACCAAUUCAAGCCACUCCUUCACAGCUGGAUUGGCGCAGAGUGUUGGUGUCAGAAAGCAGCCCUUGCGUGUUUACAGCAUGGUGAAGUAUGCCGCCAUAGCCCGAGGGGAUGCUGAGAUUUUUAUGAAGUUUCCAAGAGCUGGGUACAAAGAAAAGAUAUGGGACCAUGCUGCUGGGGUUGUGAUCAUACAAGAAGCUGGUGGGGUAGUCACAGAUGCUGGCGGCCGUCCAUUGGACUUCUCUAGAGGUAUAUACUUAGAAGGCCUUGAUCGAGGCAUAAUUGCAUGCUCUGGAGUACUACUGCAUGAGAAGAUCAUCCAAGCAGUGGAUGAGAGCUGGAACUCUUCCAACCUUUGAAGCUUGCCAUGUAAUGUUUGCACUUAAACAGGAUAGGUGGUGCCAGUCACCCAGCUUUGGUUCCCCUGAAACACUGUAGGAAAAUAUAACAGAGUAGUUUUUCUUUUACAUGGAAGUUGCUGGUUCAAGAUUCAUCACAGUAGGGCUAUACUAUAAAUAAACCAGAAUGCUUAUUCCAGUACAGAACAUCAUACAGGAAAGGAAAGGGAGGUAUGCUGCCGAAUCUGAAUGGGGUAGUUACGCCAUUUAUGGUUUGAGAACCGAGCCUGCUCAGUGUAUUGCUCUCCUUCGGGCACUUGCCUUUCCUUGUAAAGUCAUUAAUUUCUUGGUUAACGGUCUAUCAUAUUCUUUAGGCACUUAAUCCUGGUCGGUAGUGGAUUGCCAUUCAGUUGCAACACUCCAUGUAUGCAUCACCAAUUCAAAAGGAUAAACGAUAAAUAAUGAAAUACGAAUACAAAUGGAAUGGACCACACUUAUUCAAGAAAACCUUGAAAUGGAAA